AUGGAUCACAACUACUUGAACGAGAUGGAGGUAUCCCAGACCCUCCGCAUCGAUGUCCCUGAUGAGGACAAGUACAACGAGGAGGUUGGCGGAAACGCCUACGAGAAGCUCUACCGAGAGACAAACAAGGCUUUUGAGGAGUGGUUGAUCAGCGGCCCCGGUCCGCAUAUACUCACCUACUGGCCCGUCGAAGUUGGCACCCCUCACCGUCUGGACUACGAGGGUGUCCACCGGUACCGUUUCCUUAUUGGUGACAAGCAUGGAUACGAGAGGGAGAGCUGUGAGCCUUGGGCUUACGAACACGCCAAAUACAAUCAGCGGCUCAACCCUGCUGUGCGUCGCGUGGCCAACUUUGGCACAGAUGAGCCAGACUUCGUUCCAUCUGAGAUGGACUUGAAGGCGGCCACUCUGGCCAUGUUUCCCCAUGUUGGUGGUGUGGUCACCAGAGCUUCCUUCUGCAGGAGCAACAUGCCAUUGACACAUGAGCAAGCCGACCAGCCCGACCACUUCUCUACUGUCAUGAAAUUACCCGAACUGAGCGCCAUCAUCGUUGAGAACCUGGUCACAUGGCGCGAGUCGCUCUCCAACUUCAGCCGCACUUGCCAGUUUGUAUUUGGCGUGAUUGAUGGCUCGUUCGGUCGCUGGAAGAGCAACCGCCUUGACUUCGGUAACUGCGACAAGUCAGCAGCAGACACCACUGACUUGAUCGCCAAGGGGAAGAUGACAUGGAAUGACGUUGCCGACAUUCGAAUCCCCCGAACCUUGAUCGUUGGGCCGGUACGGUACAACUUGGACCUCGCCGAUGGUUUCAAGGGCGAUCCCACGGUCUUCUUCCCACCCAAGGUCUGGCUGAAAGGCACCAGAAAGAGUGAGCGUGACUAUCGCAAACUCUUCAACGAGCACGGAUUCCGUGAGACUGUCGGUUACCAGUAUAAGCGCGGUGGAAGAGACUACAAGCGCGAGAUGGAGGCAUUGAAGCGAACGAUCAAAUCGUUUCACUUGCAUGCCCAUCGUAUCAACAACCUGACUCUGGAACGCAUGCCGUUCCUUGAUCGCAAGACCGUGGAGGCAUGCCUCGACAAACUCGCAUGUCUCAAGAACUUCUGUCUCUACAGCUGCGAGCUAAUCGACUUCGGAGAAGUCCUUCCUAUCGUCAAGAAGGUUGGUGCCAUCAACGUUGCCCGCAGUGAGAAACAGAACAAGCUCGGGCCGCUCGACCUUGACAUCUCCCCCCCUCUACGUCAAGGACCUAUCGGCCAGCGGUAUGGCUCUUACGGUGUCACCCACUCUGACCCAAAGAUCUUCAACAAAUGGGGCACUGACACCGGGCGCGCCCUUGCGGCAGCUCUUGUUCCUCUCGAGCGUGCCUCCCGCCAGGCUGGCAUCACUCUGUUCACUCCCGGCAAGGCAUUCCGACUCUGGCUCGACAAGUUGCCUCUCGAGCCUUUCCAGGCCGAAUGCUUGUGCAUUGCCGUCGCAAAGUUUGCCGAACAUGACAUCAACGGGUGGUCGGUGGCGGAGAAGACAUUCCCGCACAAGGCCGAUGAGAAGUUGGUCGAGGAGAUGCACCAGACUAUGGGCAUGUCCGCCAAGUUAGACCUCGUUGCUGCAGCCACAGCAAAGCCCGUGGUUCGCAAGGACUUCUUCAGAGAGGGUAAUCUCCCCUGCCAGACUUGCGGUGAGACUUUGCCGGGUGCUCUUUUCCGAGCAGAGGUUCACAGCCGCCAUCGCUCCCAGUACAAGUGCGAGGGCUGUGAGCUGAUAUGCCAGCUCGGAUUGGAAGGAGAGAACCACAAGUUCAAGAUGCGGCAGAUUGCCCGCUGGAUCUGGCGCGACGCUCGCGAUCCUGACAUCGACUGGCUCUUCACCACACCGGAGGCUGCGCGCAACUGGAAGAAGGCGGAGUAUGGUGUUCGAACGCAGUUGGAUCCGAAAGUCACCAUCACUGAGAUCCAGCAGAAGGAGGACGAACUGGAGUCCCUGCGACGUGAGAGGCUGGAGUUUGACGACUACAGAGACCGAAAGGACCUGGAUGUCAAGAUCGCCGAGGUUGAGAAGCGCAUUGCCGACCUCAAGGUUCUCAUUGGGGAGCAAUACCAGCCCAUCACUUGCCGCGCCACCGAGUACGACUGGGACUACCGCCGCAAGCAGUAUGCAUUCCGCGCCAAGCUCGACCGAGGCGAGUUCACCAUCAACGGCCCUCACAACAUUCAGCGUCGUGAGACCUACGAGCAAGCUUUCCUGAUGAACUGGUAA